UAUGGUCCAUCUUUCACUUCCAUCCAUCACGACUGGGAAAACCAGAGCUUUAGUUUCCUCUUUACAGAGUUGCAGUUCCUAGCACAACAGUUCGCAGGAUUCUUUGGAGGAAGUUGUGUGUCCUUGGCCUCCCCUAAGGGGGGGAAAUGUUCCUAGCCAGAGAUCCAGGAGCGAAUUGUGCAGAGGACGCACAAACAACUUCCGUCCAGGAGACAAACAGCGGCGUGUGUGCUGAACAGUGCAAAACAAUGGAAAGCCCCAACGCCUCUUCUUUCCUCUUAUCAGUUUCCUCGGACACGCUCCUUUCUCUGGGUCAGUUUCCUGUGCGGACACUGGUCCAUUUCCUCGAUUCAACUUGCAAGCCUUUUGGAGACGUCCAAGCUGUUCUAAAAAAAACCUCAGGUUGGCUUUUACAGCCCAAAUCUCCACCGAGGCCCGCUAAUCGAUCAGAGAAAACAAACGGAGGCAACCCAAGAAGCAAUGCUAUAGCUGUUUUUAUCUUUGUUCCUUAUCUGUUGUGACAGGCCAGAAGAAAAGCGAGUUACGAAACGUCACAGAUACAUCACCAAACGGGUUGUGCAUGAAAAUCAGUUCAUGCUCAGAGUUCAUGUUUCUCCCACGUCUUUACAAGUCUAUCAAGAUGCCUGAUGACACCUGAGGAUUGCCCUUCCUGGCCUGUCUGAAACAUCCUUUGGAAAUGGUGAACACCUUGGCUCCUGAAGCCAAAGGCCUGCAACAUUCAGACAUAGAUUUGUGCUCAUUUGACAGUUCAGCUUGGCCACGCAACAGACUCCUGUCAAACCGGUUUGCAGAGGGGCGACCUCCCAGGAAUUUCUUGCUACCGUGACCUGAGGGGGGGGGGGCUCUUGGAGCCAAACCUCCCUCUUGUAUUGCUCUCUGUACUAUUUCAGACAUGCGGUUUACGCACUUCUCCAUGUGCGUUUGCAUUUUAUUUAUGGCACCUUAGACUUCUUGCAACAAAGCGAAGACGGCAGGCAGGCGGCUCCUAGACGGACAACUGCCCGUCCCGCACCGGACAGCCUUCAUCCACCCCUUUCCUCUGCGCCUGCCAGAGGCUCCCGGUCCCACCCCUUGCUGGCGAGAGCCCUGGUGUUGGUGUCGGUUUCAGGGCCAGGCGCGCGUCCGCCUCCCGUCCGCGCCCCCGGGGAGGAAGAAGCAUGAUAUGCGUCCGCUGGCUUCCUGGAGGGGACUAUCCCUCUCGCCCCCCUCCCGCGCUCCUUCCUCCCGCUCCGGCUGCCCUGUGCGUAAUUGCGCGCGGAGGUUCGGCAGGUGAUGGUCCUAUAACUAUGCGAGCCAUGCUUCAGGGAGAAGGCCAGGGCGAAGCGGCGCGGGAAGGGUUAACUCCGAAGGGUGCAGAGCCUGGGAAGGACGCGCAGCCCAGCCGGGUGAAACCAGCCUUACCUCUCCACCGGAAGGUUUGCUAUGCGCUUGGAGGCGCCCCUUACCAGCUCACAGGCAACGCAGUCGGGUUUUUCCUCCAGAUCUUCUUGCUGGAUGUCGUGCAGCUGGAGCCCUUCCAUGCUUCGCUGAUCCUUUUCCUGGGGAAAGCCUGGGAUGCUGUGGCCGACCCCGCCAUCGGAUUCCUGGUCAGCAGAAGCCCCCGCCGGAGGUGGGGCAAACUGAUCCCCUGGGUCGUCUGCUCCACGCCAUUCGGGGUCUUCUUCUACACUAUGCUCUGGUUCGUGCCCUCAGAUUCCCUCUCUGUGUCACUGAAGUUCUUUUGGUAUUUGGUCAUGUACUGCCUCUUCCAGACCUGCAUGAGUUGCUACCACGUCCCUUAUUCCUCACUGACCAUGUUCCUGGGAGGGAGUCAGAUGGACCGCGACUCUGCGACCGCCUACAGGAUGGGAGUGGAGAUGCUGAGCACCCUGGUGGGGUCGGGUAUCCAGGGGCAAAUCGUCGGGAGUCACCACGCCAGCAUGAGGAAGAGGUGCGACGUGGCGAAUGGAACCCUGGCAGAAAACGACACCUCUCUGCUCCCGGAUGUGCUGGAGAAUGCGCGCACGGCGUAUGUUGUCGCUUCCCUGGUCCUUGGCUCUCUUUAUUUCCUUUCCUGUUUGGUCCUUUUCUUGGGAGUGAAAGAGCAGCCAGGACGAUACACCCCUUUGGGGAAGACCAGACUCCCGUUCUUUGCCAGUCUGCGGGCCGUCCUAAGCCACAGCUCCUACACCCGGCUCCUUGCAGGUUUCUUGUUGGCAUCGCUGGCCUUCCAGCUUGCCCAGGGAAUCUUUGCCUUCUUCUGCACUCAUGCAGCUGGACUGCCUGGGAGCUUCCAGCAUCUGGUGCUCAUCAUGUUGGUGGUCGCCUGCCUCUCCAUCCCUGUGUGGCAGUGGUUCCUGGUAAGGUUUGGGAAGAAGUUGGCUGUCUUCAUAGGCCUUUCGCUGAUCAUCCCGUCUCUCACUGUUAUCACGGUCGUGACCCACAACUUCCUGGUCUACGUCUUCAUGGUGGCCCUGGCAGGAAGCAGCCUCGCCGUCCUCUACUUGUUGCCAUGGUCCAUGCUUCCAGACGCAGUGGACGAUUUCAAGCUGCAGAACCCCACCUGCCUCAACCUGGAAGCUUUCUUCUACUCGUUCUAUGUUUUCUUCAACAAGCUCGCCGCCGGCCUCUCCCUUGGGAUUUCCACCAUGAGUUUGCAUUUUGCAGGUUACAGAGCCACGGACUGCACACAUAACCCCCAGGUUAUCCUGACGCUGCAAAUUCUCAUGGCGCCUGUUCCCAUUGCCCUGCUGCUCUCCUCCAUGGCCGUCUUCUUCUCCUACCCCAUCGACGAGAAGCGGAGGAAGCAGAUCAGAGUGGAAAUGGAGGCGACUGGCAGGCAUCAGGGUCAGACAGAAUGCCCAGAAUCAGAGGCAAGUUAGUCUCUGGAGGGAAUUCAUGACUACUUGCGGGAAAGUUGCUGAUGCUUCUUGCCUCUGGUUGCAACACUACAAAGGACAGGUCUCUGGUGUCUUCCUUUUUUCCAUCGGGGAGCAGCAGUGAAGACAUCUCGGGUGCUUGCGCAAGAUGCCAAAGAAAUUAACUCCACGGAGCUCAACGUUUUUACAACCAUCUCUUGCCCAGGGACAAAUCCCUGAGGAUGGAACAAGCAGAGACUUCGCUUUAAAAACUGGAAUGAACUUCUUUUUCAGGGGAGCAGGAACAAGCUGGUGGUUCUACAAACACAGGGACUUUUAAUGUACAUUUAUGUAACAAAUAUCUCUUGUCUUGGAAAGAGAAUGGAUUGUGCUAUGAUUCAGUGACUCGUCUUCUGCACUUAUACGAUUUAUGUAAGCUCCUCACAUAUGAGUAAGGAAACUAGGCCAAAUGCAUAUUCAAUUUCAGGACAUUUUAGAGAACUGGAACUCAGCUGCCCGGAGGUUGACCCCGGGCAGCUGCACUCAAUAUCAUUAUGGAUCUCUCUCAACCCCAGUCGUUUUCACAGGUAUUUUGGUCUUCUGCAAUCUCCGGAACACAAAGCUAUCUUCUUUGCAAGCUGAACUGGGACCUCUAUGCAUUUCUCUGUAUGGUGGCAUCCGUUUGAUACCUACCCAUGGCAAGAAGGAUGCUUAUUUAGCUCAGUUUAGAGAGGCAGAGGGCAUGAUCUUAGCGGUAGAGAACAUGCCGUGAAUAUUGAAGGUCUCAGGUUCCACCUUCAAUGUCUUGAGUUAACAGAUCUCAGGUUAGGAGGGCUGAGGAGCUGAUUGGAGAGUCAGAGUAGAUAAUUCUGAGCUAGAAGGAUCUGUGUCCAGAGGGAAGUAAGAUGUGACUCACCCAGCUGUCCGGGCACGAGUUGACCUUUCUCCAGGUCC